CGUUGUCGCGGAGCCGGGCUCUGGGCUCCCUCGCAGCGAACUCGAACUCGGGGACUCCCCACGCGCGGCGCUCACUGGGGCCUGACUGCUCCCGUGCCCCUUCCACCGCUUCUGUCUCCCGGCCAGGGGCGCAGGCUGAACAUGGCCUCAGCCACGGCGGCAGCCGCAAGACGGGGCGUAAGCCAGGCUCCCCUGCUGCUCCUUCGGCGCGGCUACCAGACCGAGCGGGGCGUCUACGGCUACCGGCCCAGGAAGCACGAGAGUCAGAGUCUCCGGAGCGGCCUGGCGCGCCCCCAAGUUGAUCAUGGGCUUGCCAGGUUGGUGACAGUUUAUUGCGAGCAUGGUCAUAAAGCUGCCAAAAUCAACCCCCUCUUCAGUGGACAAGCGCUGCCGGAUGACGUGCCUGAAAUCCAAGCCCUGGUGCACACACUGCAGGGACCCUUCAACACCACAGGAUUAUUGAACAUGGGGAAGGAAGAGGCCUCCCUUGAGGAAGUAUUAGCCUAUCUCAAUGAAAUCUACUGUGGGCAAAUUUCUAUUGAAACCUCCCAACUUCAAAGCCAGGAAGAGAAAGACUGGUUUUCCAAGAGGUUUGAAGAGCUAAACAAGGAAACAUUUACCACAGAAGAGCGAAAACAUCUGUCAAAGCUAAUGCUGGAAUCUCAGGAGUUUGACCACUUUUUGGCCACCAAGUUUGCCACGGUGAAGCGGUAUGGAGGCGAAGGGGCUGAAAGCAUGAUGGGCUUUUUCCAUGAGCUGCUGAAAAUGGCGGCCUACAGUGGGAUAAGCGAUGUCAUUAUUGGGAUGCCCCACAGAGGGAGGCUCAAUCUACUGACCGGCCUUCUGCAGUUCCCUCCAGAGUUGAUGUUCCGGAAAAUGCGAGGCUUAAGUGAGUUUCCAGAAAGUCUCUCAGCCAUUGGAGAUGUCCUGUCUCACCUGACAUCCUCUGUGGACCUGGACCUGGGCGCACCCAGUCCCCUCCACGUCACAAUGCUCCCCAACCCAUCGCACCUCGAAGCUGUGAAUCCUGUGGCUGUUGGGAAAACCCGGGGCAGGCAGCAGUCCCGACAAGAUGGCGACUACUCUCCAGACAGUUCCGCUCGGCCUGGAGACAAAGUCAUUUGCCUGCAGGUUCAUGGUGAUGCUUCUUUCUGUGGUCAAGGGAUUGUUCCUGAGACAUUUACACUGUCUAAUCUCCCACAUUUCAGAAUUGGCGGGAGUGUCCAUUUGAUUGUCAAUAACCAGCUGGGUUACACCACUCCAGCAGAAAGAGGGAGGUCUUCCUUGUACUCUAGUGACAUUGGAAAGCUUGUGGGCUGCGCCAUCAUCCAUGUCAACGGAGACAGCCCAGAGGAAGUAGUGCGUGCCACCCGGCUGGCUUUUGAAUACCAGCGCCGAUUCCGCAAGGAUGUGAUUGUUGAUUUACUGUGCUACAGGCAGUGGGGCCACAAUGAGCUGGAUGAGCCUUUCUUCACCAACCCGGUCAUGUACAAAAUCAUCAGAGCCCGAAAGAGCAUCCCUGACACCUAUGCAGAGCACCUGAUUGCCAGUGGACUCAUGACCCAGGAGGAGGUGUCUGAAAUAAAAGCCUCUUACUACGCCAAGCUAAAUGACCACUUAACUAACAUGACCCACUACAGCCCCCCAGCCACCCACCUGCAGGCCCACUGGCAGGGCCUGGUUCAGCCCGAAGCUUGCAUCACCACCUGGAAUACAGGUCUGCCCGUGGACCUCCUGCAGUUUGUCGGCAUGAAGUCUGUGGAGGUCCCAAAGGAACUGCAGAUGCACAGCCACCUUCUAAAGACCUAUGUCCAGUCCAGAAUGGAGAAAGUGAUGAGCGGAACGAAUUUAGACUGGGCCACAGCGGAAGCUCUGGCCCUGGGCUCCUUACUUGCUCAAGGUUUUAAUGUCCGUCUGAGUGGUCAAGAUGUCGGCCGUGGGACUUUUAGUCAAAGGCAUGCAAUGGUUGUUUGCCAGGAGACUGACGACACCUACAUCCCCCUGAACCACAUGGACCCUAACCAGAGAGGCUUCCUAGAGGUGAGCAACAGCCCGCUGUCUGAAGAGGCCGUCCUGGGCUUUGAAUAUGGAAUGAGCAUUGAGAGCCCAAAGCUGCUGCCCAUCUGGGAGGCUCAGUUUGGCGAUUUCUUCAACGGAGCCCAGAUCAUCUUCGACACGUUCAUCUCAGGAGGAGAGGCCAAGUGGCUCCUGCAAAGUGGCAUUGUCAUCCUGCUUCCCCAUGGCUACGACGGGGCUGGCCCAGACCACUCAUCUUGUCGAAUAGAGCGUUUCCUGCAGAUGUGUGACAGCACAGAAGAGGGGGUGGAUGGAGACACUGUGAACAUGUUCGUGGUCCACCCAACUACUCCCGCGCAGUAUUUCCACCUGCUUAGACGACAGAUGAUUCGCAACUUCAGAAAACCCCUCAUAGUUGCUUCUCCUAAGAUGUUACUCAGGUUUCCUGCAGCUGUGUCAACUCUUGAAGAAAUGGCACCAGGAACCACAUUCAGACCAGUCAUUGGCGACUCAUCUGUGGACCCAAAAAAGGUCAAGACACUCAUAUUCUGCUGCGGCAAACAUUUCUACGCGCUGCUGAAGCAAAGGGAAUCUUUGGGGGCCAAGAAGCACGACUUUGCCAUCAUCCGAAUCGAGGAGCUCUGCCCUUUCCCCUUGGACUCCCUGCAGCAAGAGAUGAGUAAAUAUAAACAAGUUCAAGCUGUUAUUUGGAGUCAGGAGGAACCUCAGAACAUGGGUCCAUGGUUUUUUGUUUCUCCAAGAUUUGAGAAGCAAUUGGCCUGCAAGCUCCGUCUUGUGAGCCGGCCCCCUCUGCCAGCACCUGCUGUGGGAAUUGGCACAGUCCACCUACAGCAGCACGAAGAUGUCCUCAGGAAGACCUUUGCUUGAUGACGCCCUUUGAAGACUCCCUCCUUCGUUUCAGGAAAACUGCUAUAAAAAGAAAGGCCUGCUUCCUCUACCCCUCCUGUGUCUAUUAGGUGACGUGAAACGGAUUCCCCUAAGGUGUUGGGGUUGUUGUGGACAGGCUAAUCUGGAAAAGGUAGAAGCAGCAGGGGAAUCAGUUCUAAGUACACGAAUCAGACCAGUAGAUUUGAUCCUUAAAACUACAGGUGUUGUGUUUGGUUAGAUCUGAGCUGGAGAACUAGGUCAUUACGUUGAUGAUUUCAGAUGCCACUCUAAUUAACCAUACAUACUUGACCUGGAAAACUUUUUAAGACUCACUGUAGAGCCAGAUAGCAGGUGGCCUCAGUUCUGCUUUUUGAUUUGUGUGCUGCAUGUGCCUUUCAUUGACUUUCCCCUUCCUUCUCCAAAGUCCCGUCACUACCGGUAUUUUCAUCUUAUGCAUUCUCUGGUGCUGCUUUCCAGCCACUCUACACAAGUAUUUCACCACACACUAGCAAAACUAGAUUAUUCCUGAUAUGUGUACUGCCAAGUCUUACCCAUUAUCCUUCAAUCUAGGUCCUAUUCAAUAUGAAUUUCUGGGUGCAAGAUCUUACAGCACUGUAUUUUAAAAUUAAGGAAUUUCAGCUAUAAUGACAUUGCUCUGUAGUCUUUUUUUUUUUUUUUUUCGCCAUAGUCUUUGCUUCUUGUUGUUCUGGUAGUAAAAUCUUACUAUUUCUAACUGACUUAGGUGUCUGACUGGGGGGUUUAAGUCCUCCUCAAUCAGUUUUGCCUCCAAAAGGCCCUGCUGCAAUAUGAUGUUUAAAGGGGGUAUUUAAAGAACACUUAUACUUUGACAGAGGGACCUUGCCAACACCAGGUGCUGGGGGAUUUCUUGGAGCUCACCAACUGAGUCCCUCAGUCUGAAAUUAAAGCCUGUACUAGAAGCAUAACUAAACAGCAAACCACAGAAGUUCCUUGGACCUGGUGCUGUGGAGGCGCCACCGGCUCCCAUUCUUGUGUCCUGACACUGUUUUUCUCAGAAGGGAGAGGGGAAUCCUGGAGGCUGGAAUGAGUCCAUGCCCUUUGCAUUUUUAUAGGCAACUCACCAUGACUUUCAGAAUCAAAUGAUAGCUUGUUCUGUCCACAGCAGCAGAUUCAUGAUUCACAUCUAAAAGUGUGCAGUAAAGUCUUGAUUUAACAUUCCUGUAGUGUACAAAAUCCUUUUCUUUUUAUAUACCUCAAUGCUUUCUUGCUCUGUCAAGCCUUAUAAAUCAGGUAACUUAGCGCCACUCAAGUAUGUAAGUUGGUAAAAUGACAAAAGUCUAUUUAAUGGGAAUGGUUAUCAAUGGUGCAUAUUUAAUUAGGAAAAAAAUUAAAGCACAAUGUCAUUUUCA